CUUGGCUGCGCCGCGGUGCGCAGGCGCAGCCAUCGGUGGGUCGGGUCUUUGGUCGACUGAGAGAUCCUGAGCAAGCAUUGUCACCUCAUCAGCCCCAAGAUGGACAACAGGAAGCGCCUGGCCUACGCCAUCAUCCAGUUCCUGCAUGGCCAGUUGCGGCAUGGUGGGCUCUCGUCUGAUGCCCAGGAGAGCCUAGAGGUUGCCAUCCAGUGUCUGGAGACAGCCUUUGGGGUGACGCUGGAGGACAGUGACCUUGCUCUCCCUCAGACCCUGCCAGAGAUAUUUGAAGCAGCCACUGCCAGCAAGGAGAUGCCACAGGACCUGAGGAGCCCUGACAGGACACCACCAUCUGAGGAGGACUCAGCUGAGGCAGAGCGCCUCAAAACAGAAGGUAAUGAGCAGAUGAAGCUGGAGAACUUUGAGGCGGCUGUGCACCUGUAUGGCAAGGCCAUCGAGCUCAACCCUGCCAAUGCUGUGUACUUCUGUAACAGAGCCGCGGCCUACAGCAAGUUGGGGAACUACGUGGGGGCUGUGCAGGACUGUGAGCGAGCCAUUGGCAUCGACCCUGGGUACAGCAAGGCCUAUGGCCGCAUGGGCCUUGCGCUGUCCAGCCUGAACAAACAUGCAGAGGCUGUGGCGUAUUACAAGAAGGCCCUGGAGCUGGACCCCGACAAUGACACCUACAAGUCCAACCUCAAGAUUGCAGAGCUGAAGUUACGGGAGGCGCCGAGCCCCACGGGUGGCGUGGGCAGCUUAGACAUUGCUGGCCUGCUGAACAACCCACACUUCAUCACCAUGGCUUCCAGCUUAAUGAACAGCCCUCAGCUGCAGCAGCUCAUGUCGGGCAUGAUCUCUGGAGGCCAUAACCCUCUGGGUACUCCGGGCAGUAGUCCGCAGCAGAGUGACCUGGCCAGCCUCAUCCAGGCGGGCCAGCAGUUUGCACAGCAGAUGCAGCAGCAGAACCCAGAGUUCGUGGAGCAAAUCCGGAGCCAGGUGGUGCGCAGCCGGACACCCAGCGCCAGCCACGAGGAACAGCAAGAGUGACGAUGAGCGUUGGAUGACAGGUGUGUGCCACCAUAUUUAGAUAGCAAAAGUUUUGCUGAAGCCAUGGCACCCCUGGGUGUCCCUCGCUGAGCUCCUGUGACUCUCACUGCCGUCUUCUGUCUGCAGCUGACCCACGUGGUCCCUUCGCUCUGCGGCCUCCUGGUGUUUUAGCAUUUUCUCCGUCGGGCAGCUCAAGAGAGAAACUGGACCUGCAUGUUAAGACGGACUCAUCCCCGCCUUGUGACUUUCUUCAUCCCUCCCUUACGUUUUUUGUAUUUUUACUGGCCCCACACCUUCCUGGAAGAGUCUACAGAUGACUACAUACCAGCACCAGUUCCUCCAGCCACCUAGGGACGCUGCAGGGAGGGUUAGGGGUGGGUGUGUGGAGUCAUUGAGUGACAGCCGUGGCCCUCGGGUCUCAGGCCCCACCCUACCGGGUUCCUCCUAAAGGGACCUGAGUAGUUGACUCUCAUCCCCCUGGGAAGCGUCCACUGCCAGCCCCAGCUGGGCGCCAGUGUCCCACGCCCACGCUUGGAUUGCAGGUCCCAACAGGUGCCCUGGCCUGCCUUAUUCCACUGUCUUGUGCCACACAGGACUGAGGCCUGUGACCUCUGCCUAGCACAUGGCCGUCCAUGUCUUGUCUUCCCAGCCCCGCUCCGUCUUCACGUCAUCAGCCUCCGGCUCCAUUCUCAGCCUGGGCGACACACACGGACAUUGACCCAUCUGUGCCCUUCCUGUCCUUGAUCUCAUGGGAAUGCAGGGUCUGGGGUUGGCAGGGAGUUUUGGGUAUUGGCCCUUGGGCUGUGCCAUCAGCCCUGCAACAGCCACCAGAGCCAUCUUUGUUCUGUCAGUCUGUCCAGAGAGGAUGUGGAUACCCCACACCCGAGUUCACAGGACAGCUGAACCGGCAGGGGCGUCAUGAUGGCAUCAGGCUGUGGCAGUAGUGUGAGAGCUGUGUGUGUCAUAGGUAGCCAGUAGGAAGAUGGGCCCAGAGGGCAGCAGUGCCCCCUUGGGCACUUUAUUCCUCUGGAAUAAAGACAGUGAUAAUGCUUGGC